CCCUCUCCUUCUAUAAAACCCAAUUCACUGCCCUCUCUUCUUCCAUAUCACACUUUCUUUUUCUUUUAGCUUUCUUGAUUCUUGAUUCUUCGAACAUCUCCUCUCUCAUGGCAGAAAAACAAGCUCAGCUGAAUGGAGCCUAUUACGGCCCAGCAAUCCCACCGCCACAAAGCUACCAUCGUCCCGGCCGAUCAGGCUGUGGAUGUGGCUGUUGCCUCUUGAGUUGCCUCCUCAAAAUUAUCAUCACCAUCGCAGUGGUUCUUGGCCUUGCCGUGCUCAUUUUCUGGCUCGUAGUUCGUCCUAACAAAGUCAAGUUCCACGUCACAGAGGCUAAUCUCUCCGAGUUCAACAUCAACAACAACACUCUCCACUAUAACCUGGCUCUCAACAUCACAGUACGUAACCCUAACAAGAAGAUUGGCAUCUACUAUGACAGGAUAGAGGCAAGAGGGAAGUAUGAGGACCAAAGGUUUGGCUCUCAAUUCUUGACUCCAUUUUAUCAAGGACACAAGAACACUAGUAUCUUGACGCCUGCAUUUCAAGGACAGCAACUGAUGCUUCUUUCUGGUGAUGAAUUGACUGACUUUAAUGAAGAAAGGGUUUCUGGGGUUUACAGUAUUGAUGUCACGUUGUAUUUGAAGAUUAGAUUCAAGAUUGGUGACCUUAAGAUUGGCAAGUUCAAGCCCAAGAUUCAGUGCGAGUUGAAGGUUCCUUCCAAUUCCAGUGCUGUGCCUUUUCAGAGAACCGAGUGUGAUUGGGAUUAUUGAUCAUUGUCUCUAUACACUUCUAUUCUUUUUCUUGUUGGAUUUUUGAGUCUUCCAUCAGUUGAUCAUUUCUUUAUUUUUAUGGUUAUUCUUUAGUUUUUUUUUUCCUCUGCCUUCUUGAUUUUACUUCUUACAUGUACACAUUUAUUAUUAUUAUUAUUAUUAUUAUUAUUAUUACUUCCUGCUA